UUUUUUUUUUGUUCCAUGGAAUUUGUACCAAAAAAUAAAACAGAUUAGUAUGAGGUGGUUUGUCUUAUUCAAUUGAAUAAUAGAUGCGUCCAAUAAUUCUAUAAUCGAUGCGGUUGGGGGGAGGGGGCUUGAGGAUGGCAUCUUCUUGCAGAGGGUUGGGCAGUAAUUAAUGCAUAAUUCAGAUAAACCAUAAGGAUCGUUCGUGAAUUAUGAAGUCCUGUGAGAACACGGACAAAUGGAUUGGGUGGAUCGGAUGGCCUUCCUCUUCAAUCGAUGCGACAUUCCUUAUUAUUGGUCCACGAAAUGACUUUCCGUUCUUUUCUAUUUGUGCCCGUACCCCUGAACAUAAGUCACCCCCAGUCCAUCAACGGCCAGUCGAAACGCGAAGGUCUCAGGUGCAACACGUUCUACACCCACAGAUGAUAUAGGAUACCUUCUUGCACGAAAAUAAUUUUCGAUAUUUCACACACAGUUUCGGAUUAACAGCAAAAACGCAGCAAAGAUGAUGGAAUUCAAGACCCAAGGUCUCGUCACAGACCUGAUGCCAAACAUCAGGCUGAUGCAAGCCUCCGGACACUUUCUCUUCAAUUACCAUGCAGAUAACAGCGGAGCUCUGCACACCCUCAGGAUUUUCUAUUCUUGCGUCCAUCUGAUACUGAUUUUAUUACAAUUUGGGUGUAUUUUCGGUAAUUUGGUGCAAGAAGCGGACGACGUUAACGAUCUUGCCGCAAACACCAUCACCAUUCUGUUCUUCACCCAUUGCGUUACAAAAUUCGUUUACUUUGCGAUUCGAUCGAAACUGUUUUAUCGGACGUUGGGUAUUUGGAAUUCGCCCAACAGUCAUCCACUUUUCGUCGAAUCCAACAACAGAUACCAUUCCAUCUCUCUGACGAAGAUGAGGAGAGUUCUGAUGGUGGUUUUGGCCACUACUCUCAUCAGUGCAGUCUCAUGGACAACGUUGACGUUCAUUGGAGAUAGUACGCACACGAAGAAGGAUCCGAACAAUGAAAACGAGACCAUCACCGAAGAAAUACCCAGGUUGCUGGUUAAAGCUUGGUACCCUUGGAACGCUAUGUCGGGAAUGCCGUACAUGUUAUCAUUGGUUUACCAGGUAUAUUACGUGCUGUUCUCCAUGCUCCAAUCCAACCUAAUGGAUGUGCUCUUCUGCUCUUGGCUUAUAUUCGCAUGCGAACAACUGAAACACCUUAAAGCCAUCAUGAAACCGUUGAUGGAACUGUCCGCUACUCUCGACACGUACGUUCCAAAGAGCGCGGAUCUCUUCAGAGCGAACAGCGCGAAAUCUCAAGACAACUUAAUCGAAAAUGAUUACAACAACAUGAAGCAGGACUACAAAGGAGUGUACAAUACGCAGCAGGAGAUGGGCGUGAAUUACAGAUCCGGUGCGUUGCAAACAUUCGGACCAGGAGGGAUGAACGGUGGAAUCGGUCCGAACGGUCUAACGAAGAAACAGGAGAUGAUGGUCAGAUCCGCUAUAAAGUAUUGGGUCGAAAGGCAUAAGCACGUCGUCAGAUUGGUCACAGCAAUUGGUGAUGCUUACGGAGUGGCACUUCUAUUCCACAUGUUGACUUCAACUAUUACCUUAACCCUAUUGGCUUAUCAAGCUACAAAGAUUGACGGCGUAACCAAAUAUGCUGCCAGCGUUAUCGGUUACUUGCUGUACGCUUUGGCUCAAGUCUUUCUCUUCUGUAUAUUCGGCAACCAAUUGAUAGAAGAGAGUUCUUCUGUGAUGGAAGCAGCAUACAGUUGUCAUUGGUACGAUGGAUCCGAGGAAGCCAAGACCUUCGUUCAGAUUGUCUGUCAGCAGUGUCAGAAGGCUUUGUCCAUAUCCGGAGCCAAAUUUUUCACCAUAUCUUUGGAUCUGUUUGCUUCAGUUCUUGGAGCAACAGUGACAUACUUUAUGGUGCUGGUACAACUCAAGUAGAGGAUCAGAGAUAUUUGCAAAUUUUUCCAAGCAUACAUUUUUGAUGUUGUUGAAUUAGAAGGAAAUGCAUUCUUACGUGUCUUAUUUGUAAAUAAUGUAAUCUCAACUCUCAACUUUGAGCGCAAAAAAGUGAUUCAGGGCAUGAUUCAGGGCAAUUCCUCGUAGUCCGUCCGUUAUUAACAAAUAUACUUUCUUAUUUAUUAUAUAUUUAUUACUAAUAGUUUGUCCUAACGUUACGUAAUUUAUAGAAGCACCGAUGAUUUUAAUAUACUGCAAUAUUAUUAAAACAGAGCGAACAUGAACAAAAGUACAAUACAUGGCUAGGAUACAGA